GCGCGAGUACCGUGCAUUUCAGGAUAUUGUUGUCGUUGUUGCACAUCUUGUUUCGUUCAUGACAAAUAAUUGCGAAAUUACUUCGUACAGAAACUGCUUCUUGUGAAGGAGAUUUGAGCUGAUUUGAAUUUAAAGAUAAGCGAGCUCUAUGAUAGUAAAAAACAACUGUGCGUAUCACCGAAAUGUUUUACAAUGAAGAAGAACGCCAAAUUCUGAGAAGAGUCGUCUUGUACAGACAGAGUUGAUCCUUCAAAUUAAUCAAGUCAAUCCUCGAUGGCUUUUUCUUCAUACUUUUGGUGGAAAUUAUUCCAUUCAAACUUUCUUAUACGAUCUACGGCCAAAAAGUAACUCCGUAAGUGCGAGCAGUCUUCAUAAACGUUCAACUUUAUACAUCAUAGUUCGUUAAAUGCUGAAAAAGAAGAUGGAGACGGUUCGCGGACAAGUGAAUAAACAUUUAUCUCUUUGCCUCCUGCAAAUGUCGAAAGAGUUGAAGAAAAAGAAAAAUUUCGUAUCGAUAUGAAGCGCGAGUGAAGAAGUUAAAAGUGUCUCGGCUGUUUGGAAUUUGGACAGCGAACACUCUGUAUCGACGGUGAAGUGAAAGCGUCGAUGGCAUCAAGAGACGAGCGACAAAGAGUGGAAACGCAAGUGCACGAGUUAAUAUAAGGAUUUCACUCAAAAACGUGAUUGGAAGUAUUGAUUCCUGAGAAAUAUUUAGACGACCAUGCUGAUCUCGCAGAGCAAUCUUACAUCCUGGGCCAGCAACUUGACGAUGCUGCACCAAAUAUCCUGCAAUGACACUCUUCUAGACUGCGCCGAAGAAUGUAACAUCAAUUCUGACGGAUUCGACUAUCUCUGCACCGCAGUCGAAAGAGGAACUCUCACCUCCUCGAUCACCUUAUUUUGCACACCCUGCGAUUAUGCGAGUUGCAACGUCAACGUGUCCUUGAUUCUCAAUAGCCUCGAGAGCAUCAAGGGUGUUUUUUUGUCAAGGAUACCAAUGAGGGAUUGCAACGUCACGUUCUUCGAGGAAGAAAUUUUGGAGUGCUUGCCGGCCGUCAGCGUCGCCGGAGAUCUGGCCGUGUCCUGCACGCAUCGAUCCAGGAUCGGCGGCACGUGGAUGGCGCGUCGCAUUGAUUGGAGUUUUCUAUUCGUGGCGGUGUUCAUAGUCGCCGGUGGAUUAGGAAAUAUAUUGGUUUGCCUCGCAGUGGGAUUAGACAAAAAACUCCACAACGUGACCAACUACUUCCUGUUAUCGUUGGCCGUGGCCGAUCUUCUUGUUAGCCUUUUUGUCAUGCCUCUGGGUGCCAUACCAGGGUUCCUGGGAUAUUGGCCGUUCGGCGUGGCGUGGUGCAAUGUAUACGUGACAUGCGACGUGCUCGCGUGUUCCGCGAGCAUAAUGCACAUGUGCUUCAUCUCCCUGGGCCGUUAUCUGGGCAUUCGUAAUCCGCUCAGGACACGUCAUACGUCCACGAAACGAGUAGUGGGCUUCAAGAUUACCGCGGUCUGGCUAUUGGCAAUGCUAGUCUCCAGCUUCAUCACAGUAUUAGGUAUAAUCAAUCCCUCGAACAUCAUGCCACAGCCAGGAAUGUGUGUCAUCAACAACCGGGUGUUUUGUUUUGGUUCUCUGAUCGCCUUCUACAUCCCUAUGAUCGUUAUGGUAACGACUUAUGUGCUAACAGUGCAGUUGUUGCGCAAGAAAGCACGAUUCGCUAUCGAACAUCCGGAAAGCAAUCAAUUUCGGAGAUUAGGGGGUAGAUACGCAUCAACAAAAACACCAUCAACAGCGUCAUCAUCAUCGAUUACAACCACCACUACUGCCGCCAUAAAAUCAUCCACUUUUCCGGCGAGACAAAUUCGGGCUUCCGGUCGAAGCGUAGAAAAAAAGAGUAACAAAUGUGAUGGCGCGAGAAACGUCUUACCACAAUUGGAAUUAAUGGUGAACGGUGCCGGAAAUACCGCCACAGAACCUCGGCACAAAUUGCAAGUGGAUCAGGCUACCCAAACGCCAGAGAAUAUCGCGCGCGAAACACGGAACUUCACCCUACGAACUCUGAAAUUGCAGUUAAACGUUAUACCGACCACCCGGAAUCUCAAGUUUCUGGCGAGGCGAAUGAAAAAGAGAUCCCUGACCGCGAAUGCGGUCGCAACUGAACAAAAAGCGAGUAAGGUUCUGGGAUUAGUGUUUUUCACGUUCGUGUUGUGUUGGGCGCCAUUCUUCCUGCUUAACAUUUUCUUCGCCGUGUGUCCCAUGUGUUCUGUACCGCGGCACGUGGUGGAUACGUUUCUCUGGCUGGGCUACGUGUCCUCGACAAUCAAUCCAAUCAUCUAUACCAUCUUUAACAGGACUUUUCGAGCUGCAUUUAUUCGUUUGCUGAAAUGCAACUGCUCGAGAUCUGCAAGACCUUCGAGAAUUCGUUCGGUCACUGAAAGCAGUAGAGGAACGAUGGGUCUCUGUACGUCAGGUGUUCUGCCACUAGCCAUCAGCCUUCAGGGCACACCCUUGCUAACCCCGAUGUCAAACCCCACGUCAACGCCGGCGUCGGGAAACUCUUUGGUGACGAUGAUGCAUCAGACGCCGAGCUCGCUAUAUCGCGAUACCUUUUUGGUCGACGAACGUGAUCAAAAUGAUCAUUAACUUUCAUCGCGAUAACCCGAAAAAUCACCUUGCGUUUAACGAAAAUAGAAGAUUGUAGUUAAACAUUAUUUUAAUGUUUCGACUGAAGACAAAUACAAAGUAUAUUUACCGAUAAAUCUAAAAUAGUAAUACGGAUAAAUUUCUUUUAACGAAUAAUGUUGAAAACUUGCGCUAACUGAAAACUAAUAUAUUAUAGGAAAUGGUAUUAGCAUACCCGAAUAAAUAAACUACUCAAAACCUUCCCCAAAACAAUAACUCUGCAAAUUAUGUAUAAAGCACAGAAACAUUGCAACAGACUCAUGUCCUACGAAUAUAAAGUAUCUAAAGAAUAGGCGCCAAGGCCGAUGCCGUUCCGUCUUAUAUACUUUACGCAUAAAAUUUUACUUAUACCUUAUAAUUACCUUAUAAUUUAUUGAUAGAUAGCAAGGUUCUUAGUUGCGCAACGCGGUAGUUACACUCGGCUGACCAACUUAUCAUCUGUUACGCGUCGGACGCGGCAUCAUACACAGUCAAAUGUAUUUAUAAAAUCUUCUUUAAUAAGGGCUAAUUUAAAAAAUUAAAUUAUUACUCUGUUAUUUCUU